AUGGCCGACUCCAGCAGCAGCGGUGGUCGCAGGCCGACCUAUCCUGCCGGAACGAUCGCUAAAGUGGCUACCGACAUCCUCAACGAAACAUUCCAGAACAUCAUCCACGACCUUGUGGCCAAAGUCCACCGCGAAGAGAAGGUGGCGCGCAUGCGGUCCGCGGUGGUUCUUGCCCGACAGAAGGCGGAGGAAGACGCAAUCAUGCCGGAUGAAGCACCUAGCAAGACCUCGACCGAUACAAAGAGAGAAGUAGUUCUCGACACCAAGAAGCUCGCGGGUAUGCGCAUGGAGACGGACGCAGCCGUUUUCAACCGCGGGAAGGUCUUCCUCAAGGGCAAUCCCAUGCAAACCGUGAAGGAGCAUGUGUGCCCAGAUUGCCGCCUCCCAAGACUCAUGUACCCGACCACCGGAGCUAAUUCUUGCCCCCCCCCCGAUCCCAACGCUGAAUACUGUACAAAUGUGCCUAUGAUCGACCUGCCUGGUCAUGAUGUCCACGGCAAACUCUUUGCAGUCAUGCCGAACCCAAAGAAAAAGAAGGGUGACCGAGACAGCACCAUUCCUGAGAUUCCAACCACCAAGUGUCCUAUCUGUCCGCGCUACUUCGUCAUGACCCGUCUCGCCCAACACCUUGAACGCUGCGUUUGUGGUGGUCGCACCGGCCGCAACCAGACCCCAACAGACAGUGGAGCUAGCAAUGGCAAUAGCCCCGGUUCAUCAGCACCCAAGCGCCCUUACGGGGACGACGAUGAAGAAAGUCCCAGCCCAACGAAGAAGAAGAAACUGAAUGGGCCCAAGAAGGGCUCCACUACAAAGCCCGGUCCCAGUAAGCUCAAGCAAUCAUUCACAGUUGAAGACAACGACGAUGACAUCAAGAGCGAAAACGCCGACUAA